AGUGAAGGUUUUAUGCUUCGAUGCUAUUUUUUGUUCUCCGCAACCAUAGCAACCUGUCACUGUGGAAAGCGGUAAACAGAAAAUUUUCAUUACUCGUCAGAACAGAUUCCUCCCUUUGCGGGACGACGAAACAGUGGCAGAUUUAUAAGUGAGAAAUUGAUUCAAGUUGGCGAAAUUGGUGGAAAAAUGAACUCGAUUUAGGCUGAUCCCGGUGCAAAGUGAGCAUAAAACGCAACAGACAACGCGAUGAGCGGGGAUAAGGUUCUCUAUCGAAACGAGGAACCGCACGGUCAGGGCGAUGUGUACUUCCUGUGGCAGACGGGUGGUUCGGCCCAACUGAUGGCCACCACCGGGAGCGAUGGGACGGUGGCCGUUUUCAAUCGGCAAGGGCUGCUGAUGGAGAGGAUUGUACUGCAGGGUCUUUGCGCGGGAUUUGCCUGGGACAAAGAUGGAGACGUCCUGGCAGUAAUCACCCAGAGCUCACCACAGCUCAUCCUGUGGGAUUCCAACUCUCAAAAGAAGCAGCACGUUGACAUAGGUCUGCGGGACCCACCGAGCUGUAUCGUAUGGUCCAAACGUGGAUCAUUGCUGGCAGUGGCCACUUCCAGAGGUAACCUCUCGAUCUACAAUCAUGCAACGACGAAGAGGAUUCCCAUCCUGGGCAAGCAUACCAAGCGGAUAACUUGCGGGGCCUGGUCUACGGAACAUGUCCUAGCGUUGGGAAGCGAGGAUAAGUACCUCUCAUUGAGUUCCGAGGAAGGCAAUACGGUGAGGUCGGUUCAACUGCGGGACAAUCCCAGUGAUAUGCACUUUGCCGAGAUGAAGACAGAUGAGCGAGUUCCAGGUGAGAAUACGAUAAGUAUGAUCCUUGGAAAAAGGACGCUGUUCUUGUACCAUCUACCGGAGCCGGAUUCUCCGACGGAACUUGGAUUUCAGCAACGUUACGGCUCGCUGUUGCAGCAUAAGUGGUUCGGAGAUGGCUAUAUAUUGUUGGGCUUCAGCUUAGGUCACGUGGUAGCGAUAUCAACACAUCCCAGAGAGGUAGGGCAAGAAAUGUGGCAAGUUAAAAAUCACAGAGAUUCCUUGAACAGUAUUGCCGUCUGUAAGGAACUUGAACUUGUCGCGUCAUGCGGCGAUAAUAACAUCAAAAUCCACUCGAUGAGCAACCUUCAAGAAACGGUCAAAAUCCUAACCCUACACGAUCAAGCAGGCCUGAAGAACAUUGAGUGGAGCUCCGACGGGCAGCUGCUGGGAGUGACCACAUCUCAGGGUGCAAUUUGCGUAUUUGUGACUAAGCUGCACUCGCUCUAUGCGAUAUCACCGCCUCGGAUAGCGUUGCUGUCCAGCUUGGCGGAAGUCGCCAUUCAUCACUACGCUCCGGACAAGGUCAAGUCGGCUCCGACGACGAUCACUCUGGAGAUUGAACCUUCCUUUCUAGCGGUGGGACCGUACCACUUGGCAUGCGGAAUGAACAAUCACGUCUGGUUCUAUGACCUGGGGCGGACGUUGAACGACAGUCCGCUGCUGUUGGGCGAUCGAGAGUACAUGUCGGAGAUCAAGGAAGUGGCUUUGAGCUCCGAGUACUGCGCAGUUCUUUGCGGAGGGCAGAUCAUGCUUCAUUCGAUCGAAUCUACGAACGAGGCGACCCUGAACCGGGAACCGAAGAUGUUUCCGGACGAAGUCCGGGGAAUGGCCGAGUCGGUGAUCACCUGUAUAGCUCUGACCAAUGAAUUCCUCUGUUUCGCCUCGGAUCUUGGAAAUGUCGUUCACUUUUCCUUGGAACGCUGGUCAACGGUAGUUCAAUUUCGACAUCAGGUAGGUAUUAAAGCCCUUCAUUCGGACCUGGACGGAACGCGGUUGGUGUUCAUCGACGAUCACAACCAUGGCUAUGUGUACAUUUCGGCGACCGAGGAGACCAUACGGAUUCCCGAGUUUCCGAAGCAUGUGGUUGGAGUUUUGUGGGACUUUUCCCAUUCGACGGUGUUCAUAGCAUUCGAUCGGAGUAGCUGUGUGACGUACGCUUUGGUGAGGGCUUCGGUGCAGGGUAAGAGGGUCGAGAAAGUUGGAGUUACCAGUUUGAUAAGCGAUCAGAUGCCGUUGCUGCUGUACGAUGGAGAGUUGUGUCUUCACGGGAGUGGCGGCCGGUUGACGACUAUAGUUUUGGAUACCCACGCGAACAAGCCCGGCAGAGAUGCGAAGGAACAGUUGCGGUCCGUGAGAUUGAUGAGGAAGUACAAUGAAGCUUGGGAGUUGUGCAAUUUGAUGAAUGACGAGGAGGAAUGGAAGCAACUGGGACGAUCGGCCAUAGAGGAUUUGAAUGUCGUGUUCGCCAUCAAGGUCUACCGCAAUAUUGGGAACGUAGCAAUGGUGUACGCACUGGAGGAUAUAGUACAAAUAGAGGACACCAACAGCCUAGCCGGUUUCUGUGCCUUAUUACUGGAUAAGAUCGACGAAGCAAAGACACUGUUCGCCAAGAGUGGAAACCCACAGGAAGCUCUUGAGUUGUGCCGAGAUCUGCUGCAGUGGGAGCAAGCGAUGGCUCUGGCCGGGUCGCUUGCUCCCGAGCAGUUACCAUUCCUGGCCCGGGAGUACGCUCAGCAGUUGGAGUUUACCGGGAGCUAUGCAGAAGCGUUGAUGAACUUUGAGCGGGGUCUCAAAAGUGAUAUUCUACCCGGCUCGGAUGGCGUAAUUGAGCAGGAAGUUCUUGAACAGCACGUAAGCCUUUGUAAGGCAGGCAUCGCCCGUACUAGCGUUAAAUGUGGAGACUACCGAAGAGGCGUUCAACUUGCGCUGGAGUUGAACGACAAAGAGCUAUUUAACGACUGCGGGGAAGCUCUGAUGGCCAAUGGGAACCUCAAUGAAGCGGCUGUACUGCUGGAAAAAGGUGAAAACUGGGACAAGUGCUGUGAGUUGUACAUUACCCUCAAGCAAUGGAAAAAGGUCGAUCACAUUCUACCGCAUGUUACUAGUCUUAAGCUGCAUGCAGCCUAUGCCAAAGCGAAGGAAGCGGAAGGACACUAUGCGGAAGCUAUCAACAGUUACCAGCUGGCGGGGGACCUCGAUAGCGUUGUCCGGAUAUACCUGGACUACCUCUCCGAUCCUCACAGUGCCUCGGAGAUCCUCUUGGAGACGCGAUCUGUCGAGGGAUCAAAACUGCUGUCGAAAUAUUUCGAACAACACGGUGACUACGAAUCGGCGAUACAGUUUCUGGUGCUUUGUGGUUCCAUUUCGGAUGCAUUUGCAAUCGCACAAAAGCAAAACAAGAUCCGCUACUACGGUGAAGUCUUGGAGCAGAGUUCCAGUGCUAAGCCUAGCGAUUACCUUGUACUGGCUACGUAUUUUGAAAACGAAAAGUAUACGCUCCUAGCUGGGAAGUACUACUUCCUAGGGAAGGAAUACUCGAAGGCUUUGAAGCACCUGUUGAAAGCUUCAUCGUUUAGCAACGAAGAAAAUUCAGCUCUUUCGCUAGCGAUCGACUGCGUGGCGUCAGCAAAUGACGAAAAGCUUUCCAACCAGCUGAUUGAGUAUUUGCUCGGAGAGACUGACGGUGUUCCAAAGGAUCCAAAACUUCUGUUCCGUCUAUAUAUGGCCAAGAGACAGUUCAAGGAAGCUGCUAAGGCAGCAAUGAUCAUUGCCAAUCAGGAACAGAUAGCCGGUAAUUAUAGAAGUGCUCACGACCUGCUGUUCUCCAUGUACCAGGAACUUAAGAGGAACAAUCUUACGAUAGCGUCAGAUAUGAAAGCUUCACUGACACUGCUCCAUCGGUAUACGUUGGUGAGGACGCACGUCAAACGUGGUAAUCACCUGCAGGCUGCUCGGUUACUGCUCCAAGUGGCCAAGAACAUCUCACAGUUUCCGUCCCACGUCGUCCCAAUCCUAACCUCCACGGUGAUCGAGUGCCAUCGGACCGGGCUGCGUAAGUCGGCCUUUGAGUAUGCGGUCAUGCUGAUGCGAUCGGAGUUCCGCGGUCAGAUUGAUCCGAAGUACGGCAAGAAGAUCGAAUCGAUCGUACGGAAGGCACCGCGUGGCCAGCUGGAAGACGAAGGAGCAUAUGAAUCCAGUCCGUGUCCGGUGUGUGAAUCGAACCUGCCCACGAUGGAUUUCAUCUGCGGUCAGUGCAAGACGACACUUCCGAUCUGUAUUGCUACGGGCCAACACAUCGUGAAGGAGGAUGUGGCAGCCUGCCCGGAGUGUGAUUUUCCUGCGUUGAAAGUGGAAAUGAUGAAAAUUUUGGAAACUACGGAAAACCAGUGUACAAUGUGCGGGGAAGAGAUUGAGGCUACCCGGCUGGUGGACAUAGACGAUAUUCAGCCGUACAUUGAGGGGGCGGCAACGUGAUCUCAUUUGGCGAAAGAGGGUGAUGCAACCGAUGUGUUGCAUGGCAUUCCGUCGAACCGGUGUACCUUAAUGAGGAAUUUUAUGUGCUUUAAUGUGAGAGUGUCUCAGAUUUUUUUUUCUUCGGAAGAUAUUGUAA